AUGUUCCUGAGGCCCAGGCGCUCGCAGGUGGGAGUCUCCACCUCACACAAGCGACGCCUGCUCCGGCUCAGCACCCCCCGGAACCUGGUGGCGGCCCUGACCCUGACGCUGGUGGGCGCCUACCUCACCUGGAGCCUGUCUGCCGGCCUCGCCUGCGUCGGAGACUGCCCCCGCGCUGGCCCAGCCUCUCGCCCCUCGCCCCCGGAGGGCGGGGUCUCCGCCUUCUGCGACGAACACUUUGGAUAUGGCUGGCUGCGGCGCUGGAACGCCACCGCCGCGCCCCGGUGCUGGACGGCGGAGGGCCACCUGCCAGGGUCGAGGGUGACCUGCCGCAGCGUGCGGGAUGAGCACAUGCCCGCGGCCUCGGCCCCGCACGCCAUGUGCGAUGUGCGGGGCCUGGUGGUGGACACCUCACGCAUGACGCGCGCCCGCUGCCCCCGGCACCGCCCCGGCUACCUGUGCGAGACGCCCACCUACCAUCGAUACGGGCAGGGCGCCUUUGAGCUGGGCUGCGACUGGCCCUCCUUCUCCCUGGCCGACCACAGCCCCGACCACGGUCGAGACAUCUACCAGGCCAUGGCCGCCGGGGCGCGCGGCUGGCUCUCGCCCCUGGUCCUGCGCGACACGGCGCCCGAGCCGCGGCCCACGCUGUUCGUGACGCGCGAGGUACGGGAGCACGCCAACCUGUUCCACUGCCUCACGGACCUCUUGAACGCCUUCCUCACGCUGCGCAUGCUGGGCUGGCAGACCUGGGGCGUGCUCCUCCUGGACGACCACCCGCCGGGGCCCUUUGACGAGCUCUGGGCCCGCCUGCACGCACGGGGGGGCGGGGAAGGAGGGGACCUGGUCCUGACUGGCGGAGCAAAGUUGCCCCCCGUACCGCGCCUGUCCGACAUCACGGCAAGCAAGGAGGGAGAGGGUUUGGGGACUGAAGGGUGCGGGGGGGCUGCAUGCUGGGGCGAUGGGGUGGCGGCGCGCCGCUUCCAACUCGAGGCCAUGCUCCAGUGCCCAAACAUGCCGGCCAGCGACACCCUGGCCUGGCAGGCGGGGAGGCUCUUGGAGGCUCACCGACCCUCCCACCGCUGUCGUUGA